AUGUCUGACGGGAGCGCCCUGUCCAAUACAACAAUCAGCGAAGGCGCGCAGCCCUCGGCACUUAAGGUUUACAAGACGUUCAUCGUACGCAUCGGCGUCGUGAUCAUCGUCGUGCAGGUUGUGGUCGUCGUCGCGCUGCUUUUCGUCUAUCUCAAGCCGAUGUCCCGCAAAAGGGCUGUCAAGCAGACCACGAAGAGCCCGGACAGCUUGCGGCACCGCAUGAAGGCGGACGAGGAGCCGUACCCUGUUAUGAACCAGCUCUACGACGCCGCAAAUGGCACGGACGUCGAACGGCCCUGUGAGACAGCCGGUUGUCGCUGGCUGAGAGGGUACCUUGGCGGCAGAGGUCGGGGCCAGGGCCCGUGCGACGACUUCUACGGACACGUGUGCGGAGGGCGAAGGAGGUCCAUCUACCAGGACGGCGUGGACUGGCUCAUGGCGGCCAUCAAACGGCGCCUUGCUUCCUCCCACGUCGACAAGAAACCUGGACGACCGCACGCCGUUCUCUUCGACAGCUGCCUCGAAGGACGCGACCUGGUUUCGAAGCAGUCUUUCUCCAGCGUCCCCGAGGAACAGAUGGUGACCGGAUGUCCCGCACGGUUUCCCCUGGCCCCAGAACGAGUGUCGGACGACUUCUUCCAGAGGCACCCGAACGCCACCAUCGGCGAUUUUAACCACUUCAUUAACAACUACAGGAGGUUGGCUCUCGGCCGGAAGAUGAACGAGACGUCCAGGGGAGUGCCGUGGCGUCCUUUCCCUUCGGACUGGAUCCCGACCGCCUCCCUCUGGGUCGCACGCUCUGCCCGCUGCUACUCGGAGCAGACGCUGAUGAGGCCACCCGAGAGGACCGGCGAGCGUCUCUGGCAGCUCCUGUACUUCGCUCCCUUCAUGGGACGGCAGGGUGACCCGCUCGUGACCCUGGCGUACACCGGUUCCCCGGAGCCUCGUCUGCGCGCCUGUCUCCAACUUCUGGAGGACGUGUUCCUGGCCGAGACUGUCGCAGAAGCCACACGAACCCUGGGCAGCGCCGUGGGCGACGCCGUGGCUCUACUAGGCCACCAGGCGCUGCAGGUGCUGCACUGGUGGAUCGCUGCCCUGGUGGACAAGAAGGGCGGCGACACGGCGCCGCAGGGCACCUCCCUCGAGCAUAGCGUCAAGAGGAUGACGGGCGUGCGGGUGACCAUAGUGAACGGGUCCCGGGAGGACCCCGUGGACAUGUCUAUCUUCUCGUGGCAGGUCCGCUUCCUGGGACACGCCAAUUCCCUGGUCCUGCCCCACGGCCUCUUGGGCGCCCUGGCGAACGCAUCCUCGUCUGCCAUGGACACCGUCUUUGUUCCUCCGGUGGGUGCGGCGAUGCUGCGUGCCUUGCUGCCUCGGCCCGACGAACCAAGCUUCUGGCCGAGGUCGUACCAGGACCGGCUCCGCACCGUCGCACGUUGCCUCUCGUCAAGACUCGACGUCGACGAGAGCCGGUCAAUGAGGGUCGUCUCGGAAUCGGCGCUGCUCGUACCUUUGCGUGACCUCUACUUGGGCGAGCUUUGGGAAGAGUUUGAGACGGGCGUUCGUCUGCAUUCGGACUACAGCAACGAGGCGCUCUUCUUUGUCCUGUGGGCCUUGGGGCACUGCGGGACAUCCGACGGUGCCGAAAUCGUCAACGAAGCUGCCAAGAAUUCGGCGCUCUUCGAGAGGGCCUUUAGAUGUGGUGCCAGGAAAGCUAUGACUUUGCGUGAACGAUGCUCGUUUUGGGGAUGACGGUUCCAGCAUAACCAUAGAGUGAAAGCUGAUUCACAGAGCACCGUUUUCGUUCGUUACGAAGCUUACGCAAGCUUAGGGUGUGGUAUACGACCGACAGUCACCGGCACAUCUGAGCUUCGUACGAAGCGUUGCAACCAGUGAAAGGAGCAGCUUGGCAUGCGCCAUACGACGCAUGCAUGGGCCGGUGACUUGCGUUUGUAUCUAGGCGUAAGCGUCGUAACGGAAGGAAACGUUGCUCUGUGAACUAGCCACAACGAUCCAUUCACACAGAAGCUUUUGCGUGCGUUUUUUUACGUUACGUUAUGGGUCACAGGGACAUCUGUGUUCCCAGUGUUUUAGGCUACCCCUUGAAUUGAUUGCCACUCUUCAUACGAAGCAUGGAUGCCCAGGGGUGACUCAUAAUAAGGUAACGUAAGAAAACGUAAAUUCCAGAGACAUAAACGCACAUCAUUAGCAAACUUUACUGUAUGAACAAACCUUUUUACUUUUAUUUGGGUUUAAUUUCUUUUGUUUUCCAGCGGAGUAUCACUCGCAUUUGGCCUAUGUUCCACCUUGUGUGGCUUAAUAUGUGUCUUAAUCGUGCGAGUGUUCGCGUUGGUGCACCUCACGUCCUGAUACAAAUGUUGAUUUU